GGGAAUUCGAAUGUACCCACGUCCAUGGGCACCUCGCCUCCUCCACCCACGUCGCCCGCAGCCGCCGCCAUUGACAUCCAGCUUCUCCACGUGCUCCGCCAACAGAAUAUCACCCAAUCUCGAGUGUGGCGCGGAGUUCUCGUCACGUUGGGCAUGCUGCUUGCUGUGGUCAUGUGGUGGCAACUCCACGUCCUCCCAUCCUCGACGCUUGAUGGCGAAGGUCUUGUCAUUAGCAUGCACUACGUCAAGUACAUGUGCAAGUUGGCUGCCGUGGGGUACAUUGGUGAAGCAAGUCUCGUUCUAUGGAGUCGAGAACCCGCCGUUGUACAAUGGACAACCCGUUUUCUUGUCGUCGCGACGUGGUUAGUGAGCGAAGUUCUCCACGGUUGGUGGCAGCACCAAGAGAAGGCUUUCGCGACUGAGGCCAUCAGCUCGACAUACGUUGCGGCCAUCGUGAUGGGCCCUCGUUUCUUUGCCGCGUCGUGCUGGCUUGCCCGGCGUGAGUUACGAGCGCUCGACUCGGACUUGGAGAAGCUUGAUCGCAUCGCGCCGUCAUAACAUUCAGCACAUGUAGUUUGGUCGUAUUUAGUAAGUCCUUCGCGGUUUCACCCAUACAAACAUUGCUUGGUACAUUCAAUAGAUUUGUCUUCAUGAUCUUA